AUUUGACUCCGAACGUACAAUGUCUUCAAAAGUGGGAAAAAUCUGGAACGCGAGAAUGCGGUAUAGCUUUUAUCGUCCACAAGAACUUCGCCCGCAUCAAACCAGUCAAGAAAAGAGUUGGGAAGACAAUGAUGACUCAGUAAUAGACGAAUUCUAUACUUGCCUUGAGUCUGUAUUCGAUUCACUAAGCUCGAACGACGCAAAGGUAGUACCCGAAGACUUCAACAUAAUGCUUGGAAAAGAGCUACUCCACCAUGGAACUAACGGGGGGCAUAGUCUCCACGACAUAACUAACAACAACGGAAGCAGGCUUGUACGGUUUGCUUCCAAUAGAAAUAUGAUAAUCUUUUGGACUUAUUUUCCUAACUGCAGUCUCCACAACACCAUAUGGACCUCACCAGAUGGACGAUGUUUAAUGAGAUUGAUCAAUUUUUCAUUCUUGAGGAACGCUCAUACCAGGAGGCAAAUUGCGAAAGCGACCACGAGCAUAUAUACGGCAUUUGGUUUGACGAAACCAUGGCGGAAGAAUGACACAAAGGUGUCAUUUGCCCUUUAGGUAACCCUGACCCA